GAGGAACGGGGGCAACUGGGGGGGGGGCGGCCAGGACCCCAGGGUCGCCGACAAGCACAACUGCGUGGGUGUACGCAGGGGGUGGGGGACCCAGCCCAAUUUGGGGCUCUGAGCCCAGCGCCAGGAGGCCCGACGUUACCGGACCACGGGUCCCUCCCACCCGGAGAGGUCCGAGGGGGCGGGGGCCGGGAGGUGGGGGCCGGCGUGGCGGGCGCUCCCUUUCCCCCAGGGGGCGCCCGGGUCCGGCCCCCAAGCGGGCGGAAGCAGAGGGGGCGCCACGCGGCGGGAGAGGAGGCCAUGGACGCGCGCCUCGGGGCGCUGCUGCUGGCGCAGCUGCUGGUGCGAGUGGAGCUCGGAGCGCAGGAGUUGGAGGACGAGGACCAGCUGUUUGCAGGUUUCGAGAACUCGUCGUUGCUCACGUGGCCCUGCGGCCAACGAACCGUUUCGACGCGCAUCGUGGGCGGAAAGGACUCGGAGCUGGGGCGCUGGCCGUGGCAGGGCAGCCUGCGCCUCUGGGGCUCCCACCGCUGCGGAGCGAGUCUGCUCAACCGCCGCUGGGUGCUCACGGCCGCACACUGCUUUGAAGACACCGGGUGUCCCCUUCCUCAUCCCAGGCCCGGGUGGCGGUGUACCGUGGGUGGGAGGAGCCACAGUGAUCCGUUUGAGUGGUCCGUGCAGUUCGGCGAGCUGUCUUCCUCACCGUCUAUCUGGAAUCUGCAGGCCUACUACAACCGAUACAGUGUGGAGGAGAUCAUUCUGAGCCCUCUGUAUCUGGGGGCUUCGUCCUAUGACAUCGCUCUGCUGAAGCUGUCCUCCUCCGUCACCUACAAUAAGUACAUCCAGCCCAUCUGUGUUCUGACCUCCUCCUCUGAGUUCCAGAACCGGACCGACUGCUGGGUGACUGGCUGGGGGGACAUCGAAGAAGAACAGGAUCUGCCAUCCCCCUACAUCCUGCAGGAAGUGCAGGUCGGUAUCAUAAACAGUGCCAUCUGUAACUACCUCUACGCACAGCCCGUUUUCCGCUACGACAUCUGGGGAGACAUGAUGUGUGCCGGCACUAUCCAAGGUGGCAAGGACGCCUGCUUUGGUGAUUCAGGCGGACCCUUGGCCUGCGAAAAGAAAGGGCUGUGGAUUCAGGUUGGAAUCGUGAGCUGGGGGUCGGGCUGCGGGAGGCCCAACCGGCCCGGAGUCUACACCAACGUCAGUAGGCACUUCAGAUGGAUGCAGAAGCUGUUGUCCCGCAGCGGCGUUCCCAGGCCAGCCCCCUGCCUGCAGCUACUGCUCCUGGCUCUGCUCGUGCUGGCCUCGCCCCUGCGGAUGGCCUGAGCACACCAGAGUGCCUGGGAGGUGGGGCCAUCUGCUAUGCCAGGCCCCAUCCCCCACUGUCCUUCUGCUAAUAAACACGUUCCGUUCA